CCACUCUUCAAUAACAUCACUGGGACUCUACCGAGAGAGCGUGGGCUUUGAGGAGAACAGACGUUUACGUCUUAUAGUUCGUCUCGAGGACUUUACUGACAUCGUCAAAUAAGGUGCAAUGGUGGAAGAGGAGCAAUUUGUGAAUAUAGACUUGAAUGAUGACAACAUCUGCACCAUCUGUAAGCUGGACACAGACACUGGAACGCUGUCCUUCUGUCACGUCUGCUUCGAGCUGAGCAUUGAGGGUGUGUCCACUGCCACUCUGCUGCACUCCACAUCUUUGCGUGGGCACAGGGACUGCUUUGAGAAGUACCAUCUCAUUGCCAACCAGAAGGUCUCACAUGCCAAGGCCUCACACAGUACCUAUGAGGGUGUCAAGCGGGCACUCAGCCAGCAGCUUAGACGCAUUGUGCAGUAUGCCCAGAACAGAGACUCUGGCUCCAAGCACCAGCUCCUGUUUCACACACAGCAGGGUGACAGGAACUUGAUGCCCCAGUCAUGUGCCCAGGUCCCUCGAUAUGCCCCUCACUGGGUGGAGGGUACGUGUUCAGGUCAAACAGUGGAUCUGGAACUCGUGCAGGACUCUGGGCAGCUAUGGGGCAAUGGUCAAAAGCACACAUUGCAGGGAGGAGGAGCAGAUCAGCGGGAGAGACAAAAUUUAUUCAGCCAAGAGGAAUUGGUGAAAAUGACUGUGGAAGAGCUUCAUCAGCUGAAGUCCCAGCUGCUGCUUCAGAUUCAAGAGGUGUUUGAAAAUCUUUCAGUAGCUGUGCAGGAGAAGGACUCCUUGACAUCCCAGCUCCAUGUCCGCCACAUUGCCAUUGAGCAGCUCUUUAAGAACUGCGGCAAACUCCCAUGGCUUCAGAUUGGCCGUGCAGGGGUCAAAACUUACAAAGCCUCAGUGGAGUGAAGUGUGAGUUGUUCCUGGUGGAUUAAUGAACCGUCUCCAGGUUUGUGGAGAGCAGAAUAAAGGUUUUACUCGAGUCAAUUGCUUUUCACUCCCUGUGAAUCUUUUUAUUAAAAGGGUUGAGAAGUUUGUUGUCUCCUGUUCAGAAACGGCAAGAACAAUUUUGAAAGAGAUUUAACACGUGAAGUUUUGGACCUUCUUUAAGGUGGACCUGUGUUUACUAUGCAGACUGAGGUCAGACUGACCAUGGCCUCAUCAACAUUAACUUGAAUAAUGUUUUUAUUACUUUUGUUAUAAAAUGUUUGAACAUUUCUAUUUAUUGCUCUUUUUUUUUUUUUUUUUUUUUUUUUUUUUUUUUUUUUUUUUUUUUUUACUUUUACUUUUACUUUUAGAGCAGCAGAUGCCUCUAUAACUGUGUAUGAAAGAGUCUGGAGGGUUGGCCUCUGGUGUAACUGUGGUAAUGGUUGUUUUGUUAAGAAGGGAGUGAUUUCUCUCUGAUUGUUGCAGUGGAAUUGUGGUUUAUAAAACACUUCUCUGUUGUGUACCAGUGCAAAACAAUAUAAAGAUUGGGUAUUUAAACCUUAGGCUUCCACAAGAUGUUUGACAAUGCCACUGAAUCUGCUACAAUUUGAUUUAUUAGGCUCUUGUAGAUACCCGAGAAUCUUUGCUCAAAAUUUAGGGUCUUCUGUUAAUUGCAAAUGAUGAUGUAGAGAAGGACUUAUUCAAGUAUCACAGUUAUAGUUGAAACUCCUUGCUAAUCUUGUUAAGACAAUAGUUUUUAGUUCUUGUGAUUAUUGCCUGGUUUCAUUUCAAGCUAAGCUUUUGAAUCAAUGCACUGCUUUUUUGUGAGUCUAAAAUUCCCCUUCACGCUCUUCCUAGGUAGGUUAGGAUAUCAUUGGUUAUCAGAUAAUCAAUUAUUCCUGUAUGUUUAGAAUUACUUGAGGCUGUUUAAUAGGGAUUUUAUGCACCUUAAAAGGGCCUAACCAAAGUCUUGUCAUAAGGUAACAUAAUUUAGUGUUUAUAUUUUAAGUAAAGUUGGAUGAAUGACAUUUAUGCACAUUUUCAUUUCCUUGAAAUAUUUUUUUAGCCUUUGAAUAUGUCAUCCUUUUUUUUUUAAAUUGUGAACAUAUGUAGUGUUUAUUUAUUUAGAAACUUACUGUACAAUAUUAUUUUAGAAUUUCAUUCAUUUUGUCCAAGAUAAACUCUGGAGGUGAGGGCGCCAUCUGGUGGUUGUACCAAAAACUCUUCACAAUUAGAUCACUUAAUGCAGCCUACUGAUAAUGGCACUGAACUUUAUUUUUUUUAAACAUAGCUGUUUGAAUGUGUCAUUUUAAAUGUAAAGUAUUUUGUUCAAGAGAAAAAAAAUGCUUCUCUUUGUAAGAGACAUAUUUUACUUGACCCAAUAGUGGGUUGUAUGAAAAGUGUUGUGCAUGUUUGGUGCUUGAUAUGCUGUACAAAGUUGUUCUCAUCAGCAUUAUUGUAUGCAUGUCGGUUCUGCUUAUAUAUAACUAUAAAGCUGUCAGAUUUUAUGUUGAAUCAGUACUUUGUGUCUUAAAGCCCAUGUACGUUUUCAGGCUGAUAACAAUGGAUUGAGAAACAGACUUUGGAUUUCAACAGAUAUCUGGGGCUACAGGGUUACAUACAAACUGCUUACCAAAUCAAUUGUUAAUUUAAAGUAAUGUUUGGCACAUACAAUUGUGAGGUUGGUUAUCAGUUCAGUUUUCUUUUUCUUUUUAAAUGUGUGUUUGGUUUGGUUUGGUUUGCAUAUUGUGUGGUUUUGUGUUUUGUUUCUCCAACAGCCCAUGCAAUAAUGUGUGAUUGUGUGGUGGUCUGAGUGAUGAUUCAUAUGUUAUCUUUAAAACCAGUAAAUAAAUAUACACAAUAUUUUAUUAAACAUG